CACGAGUGGCUUCAUGAAGUGUGAUUUGUACAGUGGGGUAUAAGUUAUAAUUUAACAUAUGGUAUACCCUUUGUUGCUAAUUCUCUUUUCUUUUUUGGAGGGAGAGAGAAAGAGCCGUGACUACGAUAGCAGAUAGAGCAUUAAACGACACGGAGAGGAGAUGAUCACACAGCGUUGAGGUAUAUAAAUUACUCUUCAGGACUUCAAAUCGAAUGGAAUCCAUCUAACGUCGCGGUUCAUAUUUGGGUCAUUCCAUCGGUUGCAACUGACUACAAAAUGACACUAGUAGAAUUCCAUACCGUCGAAGAGCAAGAAGGUGCAUGUUCUUUACGAUUAGCUGCCGAAGAACAAGGUGUGUCAAAACUACCGUUUGAUUUGAACGACUAUUGCACGUUUGAACUAAAUGAGGACUUUAUAAACUCAAGCGCCACCUUUGUCAACGGCUACAGGGGCGAGAGCGGCUAUUCGACUUACUGCGAGUAUGGCCAACACGAUAGUCUUAGUUCCCAGCUAAGGGUGGAGAUUGAGAACCAGUUGGACAACGACUAUAGUUACCAUUACACAGAACCACCGACCCCUAACUGCGUAAACGAGCAGGAGUACGAUAUAUACUUUGAGGACGUGAAUGUGCUGGACGAUGAUUCUGGCCAGCUUGACGCGAAUAGCACAGACGAUGACCAGUACAACUAUGCACAGGCAUUGGACUGUCUGCCGCCAGUUUCUUUUCCCGACUUCUUAACAGCAGCUCUUACAAGCGAUAGACAGUAUGCUAACCAAACCAAUGGCUUCAAAAUCUUUGAUAUAUCGCACCGUGAUUUCCAGUGUGCUGUUAUAACGCGUCAAGGAACCCCUUGUAAGAACAGAGUGACUUGUUCGUUCCACAAUUCAACCGACAAGUCAUUGAUUCCAAGAUCUGAUUCUUUAGAGCACUUGAUGAGAAACUACAAGUACUUACAAGAGCUGCAUCAAACAGCAUAUGAAGGCACCAGGUUGAAAAAGCGUCCUCUUGAGCAGGACUCCACGAUAAUGAGAAAUGAGCAAAUGAAAAGACACAACUCGUAUUCCAACCAAGGAAGUGGUGUACAGCCAAGGGUCACAGAGUCCGUUGUUGAGACUUUCAUAACAGCCCUACACGGCAAACUCCAGCAGGUGAAGGAGGAUGAAGAUGAAAGGCUCUGUGAAUUCCACUACAAGUUAGAACUGAAGAAUUUCGCCAUUGUUGAGUACUACAAGGGGCAAUUGCUAUGAUAUUACUAUACACGUAUACAUUCAUCCCUCCACUCCUAACCUGUUAUAUAAGGAAGCAGCAUACAGCAUAAAGACAGGGAAGGACAGAUUAUGGGGCUUGCAUCUAUGGAAAUGGGUAAGACCCGUUGCUAUGGUAAAUUUGGC